GAAUUGGAUAAACUUAGUUGCAAAGAGACAUUAGAAAUGAGUGACAUGGAGCAUUCUGCCUCUGAAGACCACAAGGAAUUAGAAGAAAAACCUAAGAAAAAGAAAAGGCGGCGCCGUGAAGUCGAUAUGAUUAAACUCUCGGACGAUGACGACACAGACGACGAAAGCACGUCAAAAAAGACUCAGCGCCAUCACAGCCCGGGUUCCAAUUCUCCAGCCACUCACAGGGAACCACGGACUUGUGUACUAAAGGCCAGUCAGAAACGCCGUCCACUCUCAAGACUUCUAGAACACCUACUCCGUAAUCUGGAGAAGCGAGAUCCAAAUCAAUUCUUUGCGUGGCCGGUGAAUGACAACUUUGCUCCGAACUAUUCAAACAUCAUCCGCAAGCCCAUGGAUUUCUCAACUAUGAAACAGAAGAUUGAUGAAAAUGAAUAUAAGUCACUGAAUUGUUUUAUUAGUGACUUCAAACAAAUGUGCAAUAAUGCAAUGAAGUACAACAAGCCGGGCACAGUCUACCACAAAGCUGCAAAGCGCCUCCUUCAUGCAGGGCUUAAACAACUGACGCCGCAGAAGCUUAGACCUCUGGGGAACAUCCUUACCUACAUGUACGAGAUACCAAUUCGGGAAUUGGGAUUUGACAUCGGGAAAAUGGAUAUGCCACUUAGGACGUACGGGCGAAAGAAAGUGCUAAAACGCAACAGCCCCAUGAAGAGCGGCGGGUCGGAGGCCGAGACCGUGAGCGACGGCCAGGAACGCCAGGACUCGGGUGACAGCGUCAAGAUGCAGAUGGAGGCCGCCAGGGAGCAGCACCGGAGGCGACUUGCGAAGAAAGCGUUCCCCCGCAUGGACGCGGACGGCAAGACGACUCUGUGCGUGGUGACCAGCACGGUGGACGCCACCGGCGAGGACAAGCCGUUGACGCUUGGCCGCCUCAUCGGCAAGAUGCAGCACGGCACCGGCAGCUUGCACACCACGAGGGAAGACCGUCGCAACGUGGCGAAGGGCGUGAAACCCCUCAACUACGGCCCUUUCAGCUCGUUCGCACCCUCCUACGACGGCACCUUCGCCACCCUCACGAAAGAGGAGUCGCACCUCAUCUACCACACCUUGCCGGCGGAGACAGGUCAGGGUAGCGAGGAGAUGCUGCGGUUCGCGCCCGACUCACCGUGGGCCUCCAUCUAUGACAUGGAGGCGCUGUUUCCGGAUAAGAAGAACCAGCCGGAGCCGCAGCCCGUCAAAGACGAUAAUGUAUGA